AUGAUGGAACAUGAAUGUGACAUAGCUGCUAGUUCGAUAAAUUGUCCCCCAUAUUUUGAUGGUGAAGAUUACUCGCAAUGGAAGAUCAUGAUGAGGUUCAAGCCUAAGAAAAAGGUACAAAAUUUUGCUAUCUCUUCUGUUAAAAUGAAAGAUGUGGAUGAUAGUGAUUCUGUGGAUUUAGCUUUACUAACCAAAGAGUUUAAAAAAUUUCUGAAAAAUAAAAACUCUUAUGGUAGUACUUCAAAAAGUAUAUCUGAAUCAAAAAGGGGGCAAUUAUCUAAAAAACGAAUUGACAAAAACCCAAAAGUCAAUAAUUUUGAUAAAGAGAAAAGCGUUGUUGAAAAACCUAUACGUUAUGAAUGUGGUGGUAUUGGUCAUAUCUUUUCUGAUUGUGGAAAUAGAAAAUAUAGCUCACGAAAUAACAAGGCUCUUAAGUCAACUUGGAGCGACAGUGAGGAAAAUUCUCAAACUGAGAAUGAAGAAGAGAAUAUUGCUUUCAUCUCCUCACCUUAUCAUGAGGCAUCUGACGAUUCCAACAGUAAAGGUAAGAUUUUUGAUAUAUCAGAUGAUGUGACUAAUGAAAAGUGCAGGGAACUGUAUAAAGCUUCAAGAGUGAUGUUCAAAAGAAAUCUUAAACUUGAGAACGAGAUUGAGCAAAUCAGAAAAGCAAAGAUCAAGGCCGAGUUAAAUCUUGAAUCAUGCAAAGAAAAAUGGGAAGUUGAACGCUUUGCUUACACUGACAAAAUUGAUAUUUUGCAGGAUAAGAUGAAUUCCCAAAAUUGGGAGGUGGAGCGUAUUGAGUUGAUUGACAGGACUAAAACCCUUCAGGUUGAAGUUAAAGCCCAAUCAAAUCUGAAUAUCUCACUAACCUCUAAAAUUGAGAGUUUGCAGGUCAAGCUUGAAGAGUCUCAAGAAAUGUUCAACAAAUUCUCAAUAGGGUCAGAUUUGGUUUCCAAAAUGAUUGGAAUUGGAAAACCACACACCAACAAGAAAAGGUUGUGGCAUAAAGGUGCAAAAAUCAAUCGUUCUAACUUUGUGAAAGGUGUGAGCUCAAGUGUGCACUCAAGCUCAUCAAAUGACCAAGAAACUCAUCCCCCAACUCUUCCUCAAAAGCCUAAAUUUGAUUCAGCACCUCCACCUCAUCAAAGGAGAACUCAAUCUCCAGUUGAGUACAGAAAGGUCAGGGCAGAAAACCAGAAAACUGGGCAGCUGAGCCACAUAAAGCGCAAAACAGGGGAUAAUUCCCUGGGUCCAAAUGAGACAAGCCUUAUAUUCCCUCUCCAGCUCUCCUUUCAAGCCCCACCGCCGAACUCGCCAACUCGAUUGGAGACUUGGAGCUCGCCCGACUCGGCAACCUGCAAGAGUGCAAGGCUAGAACCAGUAACCCGUCUCCGGUCUCCGAGCUGCACCUCCAGCCUUUCAAGCCCCACUGGCCACCGCCUCCAGCCUUUCAAUCCCCACCAGGAACCCGUCUCCGCGGCUCCGCCUCUCCGGUCUCCGCUCCUCCGCCUCCAGGCCGUUAAAGUAUCAGAAACUCUUCCUUUGUCUCGAAAGCGGCUGAGUGAACGGAAGAUGAACUAUAAUCUGCCCGUCCUCGGUUUGCCGACUCCCCUCCGUUGCCUGACAUUCAAUGCUUCGGGUCAGAUCACAGUUAUCAAUGUCGACAAAGAAGGAGAUCCUAUUGUGAGAGUAUUGAGAGAGGCCGAUGCCGAUCCCGAUCCCUCAAAAGGCGUGGUGGCCGCCUCCUUGGACAGUAAAAGGCACAAAUUAGCUGUAGCUAGAAAGGAUGGCACGGUUGAUCUUCUUAAUCCUCAUACUGGCGACGUAUAUUGCCACAACAUUCUAGUUUCUGAUAUUCAGCGCGGGGAGGGUGAUAUUGUUGGAUUACAUAUCAGGGCCAAUUAUUCAACUAAGAGAUCUUGCAAUAUUCUCACAUGUACAACUAAGGGUCGGGUACAUAUAUUAUCCUUAAAUCAGGAUGGAUCACAUAAGAAGCGAAAUGAAUGGAAUGUGAAUUCUCAAGGUCGUACCCAUUUUUGCCAAAUGGAUGCAACCGAAGAUUAUUUUGUUUUUGGAGGGUCGCCUGAUGCACUGUCUGUAUGGAAGGUUGAAGAGUGCAUCUGGAAACUAGAAGAUCCUAAAAAUAAAUGUGUUAGAGAAACAUUUUUCACAUGUGCAACAUUCAUGGAAGAUAAUGAAGAGACACUUGUUGCAGGCAACAAUAUGCAUGAGGUUGUUGUCUAUGAUACUAAAUGUUGGAUGGGAAAUCCCGAAUUAAAAGUCACAUUCUGGGAGGAGGAGAAUCUUGAAUACUGGGUCCCUAUUACAGCUAUUGCAAAUGAUUUAAGUGGCACAAAAGUCUACAUAGGGAAUGAUUCUGGUGACCUUGCUUCGGUUGAUAUUAGUUCAGGGAGAGUGAUCAAAUGCUUUGAGAAUUUGAAAAGAUGGCCUCAUAAGGACUCUCAAACCAGAAAAGUAUCUAAAUCUCCCAUCCAAAAUAACUCAAUUAAAUUCAUUGCAAGGGACACGCAACAUCCUCUAAUAUCAUCAAGCUUGGAUAGCCAUCUACGCUUUUGGAAUGAAGAUAGUGGGAAGCUACUCUCCACGGUUUAUCCUAUGCAAGAUCUCACAACUGUAAUUUUUGAUUCCUGUUGACAAAGGAGAAGUCAUUUUGGGAGAAGACUCUAGAGGAAAAGAAGGAACAGCUUUAGGUCCUGCGGUUAAAGCACUACAAAUAGAAUUGCCUAUAUGGUUUCACUUUUUGUUAUCACGGGAACAAGUUUAUCACAUUUAAUGGUAGAGCAAGGAUAUUGAUCAGAUCUUUGAUACCUUUUAUA